ACUUUGAAACCGCACGCUAAUCCGGGAUUUUCACACAUAGUCAACUCCACCAUGCUGAAAUUCUUCGUUGCUGUGGCCCUGACCACAUUCGCCUAUGUCUCCGCCCAGAACUGCGAUGGUUGUGUGGACGAAGACGGUUCAUGCAAAGGAGUUUCGGAGGUACGGAUGUCCAUUACAGAGGACAAAAGCUUCUGUGCCUACGAGAAAUGUAAAUCUAAUGGCAACUGGCAGUUGUUUCAGUACAAGUGCUACUACGAGCCCUCUGAUACCUGUAUGAACCAAGGAGACAGCAUCUCUACUGGAGUCUGCUCUGAAGUGGUUUGUACCCAAACCGAUUCUGGGGCCACUUUCAGAGAUGAGCGAAUCAACGGCUGUGAGGAUUCCAGUGGCACGUGUCAGCCAGUGGGAGCCACCGGCUUCUCUUACGUCUUCAAAGAUGGCCGCGUUGGCGACAACUGCGAAUGCCAAUACGUGGAGGAAGACGGUGAGAUGAAGUACAAGACCAGCUGCGGAGGGAUGUAAAACAAGGGAGAAUACGGGCCUAAUGUCCUGAAAUCAUGUUCAAUAAAAAUGGACAAACAACA